AUGCGGCAGACGACCAUGUCGCCUUUCGUCUGCGUCGCCAUCCUGCUUCUUGCACUUGCCUCGUCGUCGCCGGCAUCAGCCAGCAACCCCAGCAUUAGCAGCAACAAUGGCGUCGCCGUCGCCGUCGCGGCCGCUAGCGUGCCGACGGCAACGCAGUUCCUGCAGGCGCACAACGACGCGCGCCGCGACGUCGGCGUGGCGCCCCUGGCGUGGAACUCGACGCUGGAGCAGGACGCCAAGCGGUACGCGGGCCGGCUCGGCAUCCGCUGCAAGCUGGAGCCGCUCGAGUGGGGCAUCCCGCAUGUCUACGGGCAGAACACCUACUGGGGCAGCGGGUACCAAGACGGCGCGGCCGUCGCCGGCGCGUGGGUGUACGAGCGGCAGUGGUACGACCACCGCGCCAACGCGUGCGCGCCCGGCAAGAUAUGCGGGUCCUACACGCAGGUGGUGUGGAACACCACGCAAGAGCUCGGCUGCGCCCGCCGCACCUGCCGGAGCAGCCGCGACACCGUCGCUGUUUGCAGGUAUUUCCCUGCCGGCAACUACCCAGGCGUUCCGCCUUACUGA